UGUUCCAAUUAAAAAACAUGACAACUCCUGUACCUGCCUAUCUUCUCUCUCUCAACUCUUAUCCAAAAUCCUCUCUUUCAAAUAAAAAAUCUAAGCAAUGGCGGCAUUAGAAGCUGUGCUCUCUCUCCGUCUCUGCCUACUUUACUCUUCUUCUCCUUCUUCUUCAUCAUCAUCUUCAUUAUCAACUACCAAACUCUCAUUCCCCAGAACCCGAACUCACUCCUUGAAGCUCCAUUCUGCAAACUCUUGCUCUUUUCUUCAGUCCUCCACUCGAAAUCCAUGGAGCUUCCGGCUGUGCUUUUCGGUGCAGGAACAGGAAAUUGCCGUACAAGAGAAAGCGGAAGAAACCCAUUUGGAGAAGGAGAACAACCAGAAGAGGAAGCUCUAUGUCGUCAAUCUCCCAUGGUCGCUCACCGUUGUCGACAUUAAAAGCCUCUUUGGCCAGUGCGGAACCGUCACUGAUGUUGAGAUUAUAAAGCAGAAAGAUGGAAGGAACCGAGGGUUUGCCUUUGUGACAAUGGCUUGUGGGGAGGAAGCUCAGGCGGUCAUUGAUAGAUUCAAUCUUCAGGACGUGUCAGGCAGAAUUAUUAAGAUAGAACUUGCAAAGCAGUUCAAGAAACCUUCUCCACCACGCCCUCCUGGCCCCCAACCUGGAGAGACAACCCAUAAGCUUUAUGUGUCUAAUAUUGAAUGGAAAGUGAGAUCGACCCAUCUCAGAGAUUUUGUCUCUGAAAAUUUUAAACCAGUUUCAGCCCGGGUUGUCUUUGAUGGUCCUAAAGGAAGAUCUGCUGGGUAUGGGUUUGUCUCUUUCGCCACAAGGGAAGAAGCAGAGGCUGCCAUAUCUUCUUUGGAUGGGAAGGAAUUGAUGGGUCGACCACUUCGUCUAAAAUUUAGUGAAAAGAAUGCCGGUGAAAAGAAUGUUGAUGAAACUGAAAACCAGAAGGAAGAGGAAACCGUUUCAGAGGGUCAGACUGAAGAAUCAUAGGUCCCAUUCAUAUACAUAUAUAUUUUUUGGAUACCUUAAUAAUUUGUUUGCAGAUUAUGAGUAAAUGAAGAGCAAAAAUUUUGACCACAAUCUCUCAUAUAAUAAGAGAUAGAAGCUUUUCAUCAUA